UUGACAGCAUCACACCUUUUCAACCAACAAAAACCCAUUCCAAAAACAACAAAAUCAGCCCAAUUUCAUUAUUUAGGAAAAAAAAGAAUGGAUAAAGAAGAGAGGGAUACAGAAGUAGUAAUUCCUUUGUUGCAGGGAAUAAAAUCACCUUUAGAUGCAACAGAAAGGAAAGGGGCAAGUCUUGCAAGUGCAAUUUUUAACAUAUCAACCACCAUGAUUGGAGCUGGAAUUAUGUCAAUUCCUGCAACUUUUAAGGUUUUGGGUAUUUUUCCAGCUCUAAUAAUUAUUCUUGUAAUUGCACUUAUAGGUGAUAUUACUGGAGAGUUUAUGUUAAGGUAUACUCAUUCUGGAAGAUCAACUACAUAUGGUGGAUUAAUGGGGGAAUCUUUUGGUAAACUUGGUUCUCUUGCUUUGCAAAUUUGUAUUAUUAUUACAAGUUUUGGGUGUCUUAUUAUCUAUUUGAUCAUUAUUGGUGACGUACUUUCGGGAACUGAAUCUGGGGAUGCCAUACACACUGGUUUACUACAGGAAUGGUUCGGUUUUUAUUGGUGGACUUCACGCGCCUUUGCUAUUCUCUUAGUUGUUCUUCUUGUUAUCCUCCCGUUGGUGUUAUUUCGUCGUGUAGAUUCACUUAGGUACACUUCAUUGCUUGCCAUACUUCUUGCUGCUGUGUUUAUUGUCAUAUCAUCAUUCAUGGCGAUAAAAGCAUUAUUUGAAGGAAAGACACAAAACCUGAGGCUAAUGCCGGAUUUUUCUGAUAAAGGAGUCAUCCAUAGUCUGUUUACAACAAUCCCAGUUUUUGUGACUGCAUUUGGGUUUCAAGUUAAUGUUCAUCCGAUCAGGGCCGAGCUUGGGGAACCAUCAGACAUGAGAUUGGCUAUCAGGAUAUCCCUUUUGAUAUGUGCUGUCUUUUAUUUCUCUAUCGGCUUCUUCGGUUAUCUAUUAUUUGGGGAUUCUGUUAACGCUGAUAUGCUCGUGAACUUUGACCAGAUUAGUCAUGAUACUGUGAUCGCUUCAGUAAUCAAUGUCAUUGUUCGGUUAAGCUAUGCAUUUCACCUGAUGCUGGUGUUUCCUAUGUUAAAUUACUGCCUAAGAGCUAAUAUAAAUGAACUCAUUUAUCCCGGCAAGCUAGAUUUAGCCGAAGACAAGACACGAUUUAUGUGCCUCACGGCUAUACUACUCAUCCUUGCCUAUGUUGUUGCAAUUGCCAUACCGAGCAUAUGGUGUUGCUUUCAAAUCUUGGGUUCAACAACGAUUAUUUGCCUCAUGCUCAUAUUUCCAUCAAUGAUUGUAUUGAGGGAUAUACAUGGGAUAUCUUCGGUAUGGGAAAAAGUGGUAGCAGUAAUGCUUAUAAUAGCCGCGCUAUUUGCUAGCAUAAUCGCAAUGUAUACCAACUUGUCGACUCUUACAGGAAGUAAAGCUAACUGAAUAUCUUUACGCGGGUUUAUUGUUGUCUCAAUUAGAUCUUUUCGGGAAGCUGCAUUUAUCAUUCCCUUGCUAUGUCCUUGGUCAGGCAUUCUCUUCUUUUGUACCAGAAUCAUACUCCUAAACCCACAAACUCCGUCUUGGUAAUCCGUUUUAGAGCGAUACACGAUCGGUUUGAGUUCUCGACUUUUGUAUAUUUUAGUGAACUUCAAGGUUCAAAGUAUUCAUAUUUGUAUAGGCUGUAUGAAAUAGUAGUAUCUAAGGAAGAAUACAUCAUUAUGAUAACAAUAAUUGAUAUUGAAAUACUAAAUAUUCUUUGGUUCACAAAAAUUUUAGUUUCUGUUU